CACCACACCAUCAUUUGAAGCACAUAAACCCUGCUACUUCACUAUCCUCCAAAAAACCAAAAAAGAUGACCCAAGCCGGCCAGUACAUUUCCAUGUCCAAGAAAAACAAGAGGCUUGUCCUUGCUAUUUUUGCUUCUUUCUUACUAGUUGCCACUAUAAUUGCCAUUGCCAUUGGCGUAAAUUCUCACAAAAACUCCACCAAAAAUGAUGCUGCUCAUGCCUUACUGAUGGCCUCAUGCAACUCCACAAGGUAUCCUGAUUUGUGCUACUCAGCAGCUACCAGUUUCCCUGAUGCUUCCGGGGGUGAUCCCAAGGCAGUUAUUCUGAACAACAUAAACGCAACUAUAGAUGCUAUUAAUAGCAAAAAGAUCAAAGCGAAUAGUAUCCUAUCCACCAAAGAUCUUACAGAACAACAAAAGACCGCUCUCAAGGAUUGUAGGCAGAAUUACGACAGCAGUCUUGCCGAUCUAGAAAAGGUUUGGGGAGCGCUCACACGCAACCCCAACAAUCAACUUCUUCAACAACAAUCAUACGCUGAUCAGCUCACAACUCAAGUCACUUCUUGUAAAACAAAUGAAGACUCGUGUUUGGAUGGUUUCUCUCAUAAAUCGCUUUUGAGGGAAUUGAGGGAGUGGUUUCAUGAUCCCAGUAAAGAUGAUGCUGGAAAUAUGUGUAGUAAUACAUUGGCAUUGAUCAAGAAGUUGAUCGAAAACACUAAAGCCAUUGCCAAUAGGCUCAAGACCACAAGCAGGAAGCUCAAGGAGGAGGACGAUAGCGCUGAAGGGUGGCCUGAGUGGUUGUCGGUAACGGACAGACGGCUGUUCCAAUCAUCAUUGCUGACUCCAGACGUGGUGGUGGCAGCUGAUGGCAGUGGGAAGUAUAGGACAGUGUCAGCUGCAGUUGCUGCUGCACCUAAGCACAGCGCUAAGAGGUAUAUUAUCAAAAUCAAGGCAGGUGUCUACAGGGAAAAUGUGGAAGUUCCAAGUGAGAAAACUAACAUCAUGUUUCUUGGAGAUGGAAGGAAAAAAACUAUCAUCACAGCAAGUAGGAAUGUGGUUGAUGGCGGCACAACCUACCAUUCUGCCACUGUUGCCGUGGUGGGUCAAGGAUUCCUAGCCAGAGACAUAACCUUCCAGAACACAGCCGGCGCCUCCAAGUAUCAAGCCGUGGCACUACGAGUUGAGUCUGACUUUGCAGCGUUCUACAAAUGUGGCAUGCUGGCCUACCAAAACACCCUCUAUGUCCACUCAAACCGUCAGUUCUUCACAAACUGCUACAUAGCAGGCACUGUUGAUUUCAUUUUCGGCAAUUCUGCAGCUGUUUUCCAAGAUUGUGACAUCCGUGCUCGCCGUCCCAAUCCAGGACAAACAAUCACGAUAACUGCCCAAGGGAGGAGUGAUCCUAAUCAAAACACUGGCAUUGUAAUUCAGAAGUCUAGAAUCGGUGCUACUCCUGAUCUACAGCAUGCCAGGAGUAAUUUCUCUGCGUAUCUUGGUAGACCCUGGAAGGAGUAUUCAAGGACUGUUAUCAUGCAAUCAUCCAUAAGUGAUGUGAUAAGCCCAGCCGGAUGGCGUGAGUGGAAGGGCAGAUUCGCACUUAACACAUUACAUUUUGCAGAGUACGAAAACAGUGGGGCUGGUGCCGGAACCGCCGGAAGGGUUCCCUGGAAAGGAUACAAGGUGAUCACCGAUGCAACUGAGGCUCAAGCUUUUACUGCUCGCAACUUCAUCACUGGUAGUAGCUGGUUGAAAUCCACUACCUUCCCAUUCUCUCUUGGUCUCUGAACUGGGUUUUAUCCAUGCUAUCCCUACCUACUUCUACCUUACCUAGUAUGUGUGGAUUGAGUGUCUCGAGUAGCUCUGGUGCUUCUUGUUUUUUGUUUGUUUUUUGUUUGUUUUACAAGUUUUGGUUCAUCUUUUUGGAAUGUUGCAAUCUCCUGUCCCAGUGGAGAGCUUGUGUUUUUGGUCCUAGACUGGACUCUUACUUAUGAAAUAAAGAGUGUUUCAAAUUAA